AUGCUGCUGCUGCUGCUGCUGCUGCUGCUGAUGGCGGUGCGGACGCCGCAGCAGCAGCAGAUACGACGGCAGCAGCAGCAGGAGCAGCAGACACUAGCACAGCAGGAACAGAUACUACCAAAGCAGCAGCAGCAGCAGACACUGCUGCUGCAGCAGCAACAGCAGAGACUGCUGCUGCAGCAGCAACAGCAGAAUCAGCAGUAG